AUGAGCGUCUCGUCGAGAAACGAAGGGGAUCUCUCUUGCAAGGUUGCGAAGCGGCACAAUGCCGAACACGACAGCCUAGACGUCACACCACCGUGUGUUCUCGUUGUCAAUCCCAACAGUUCGCUAGAAAUGACUUUGGGAAUGCGCGACAGGCUCUGCUCUCUUCAUCGUUCCGGCAGAAUCUCGAGAGAAAUCCAGCUGGCUUACGUGACUGCGGACAAAGAAGCUGGUGUACCUCCGUCGAUCGAUGAUUUCGUGGAUGAAAUCACAAGUGCUCAUUUGGUGCAUCGACAGAUCGCUCACGGAAAUUUCAAGGCUUUACGAGAAGGAUGCGUGGUAGAGGUGGGACAGGGUGCAUCCGACAAGUCUGUUCUGCAAUUUCGGGAGCACAGCCUCGCACUUCAUGGCGAUCCCAAGCAAGGGCCUGAACAGAGGGUUCGUCUCCGCAUGAAGAAUCCGAACAUCGAUCGCAGUCAAGCCGUGCUAGUCGCUUGUUUCUCCAAUCAUCCCCUCGCUCAAAUGUUGCGCGUCUCUCAUCCACAUCUCAAAGUCCUCCACAUACUAGAAGCAGCAGUCCUCUCUGCUCUCUCAUCAGGUGGAAAAUUUGGCAUUCUCACAACUGUGCAAAGCAUGGUGGAUGAUAUCGACGAAGGUGUAUGCGCCGUCAUCGGACACGGACACACCAGAUUUGUUGGGACUGUAGCAGCGGGCGUCAAUGCGGCUGGGUUGGAUAAGAGGAAGACAGAAGUAGAUCGAUUAGUCUCUGAAGCUGCAGGACUGCUGGCUUCAAAAGGCGCGAAGGCUAUCAUACUGGGAUGUGCCGGUGAGCGCCUUGGUUAGGCUCAGAAAACCGCAGGCGACUGAAUGCCUUGACUGACGUGAACUCCUCAUGACGGCCCCCUCUUCAAAGCCAUGGGCGACAGAGCUUCCUUGAUUCGCCAAGCAUGCCGCAAGGAGAACGUGACGGUGACGAUCGUCGACGGCACAAUUGCAGGCGUCCAUCUUCUCACGAAUCUCCUACACUCCGAAUAG